AUGCUCGUGCUGCAGUGGGCUCAGAGGAGCAGCUCUAUGCUGGUCAGUGUAUCUGUAACAGCGGAAAAAUCACCCUCUGUGUCUCAGCUGGAUAAGGAUAAUGAAACAAGAGCUCUGAGCAUGCUCGGACAACAACGUCAGCAAUACAAGAGUGAUGGCCUUGAGACAGCUGUAUUAGUGAAUCCAUCAGUGCACAAUUUCACUCAAAGUCAGAUCAGAACGCUGCUCUGCGACCUAGCCAAGCACAAGUUAUUGAUCCUAAGUGGUCAAAGCAGUGAAGGUGGUGACAUUCUGCCUAAAAGUGGCACAUUUGGUCGAAAGAAUUCCUUAGACAUCAUCACAUCAAAGGAUAAAAAAACACCUAAGCCAGUCAGGUCCAGGUGACCGGGUGUGUCUGUGGGUUGUACAGAGGGGGUCUGUAGCUCCCUAGGGCUCGACCAGGAGCAGCACCCACUGCACUACA